CGGUAGGCAGCCAGAGGCUGGGCACACAUGGGCUGGCGUAGCCCCAUGGGGAUUCUCUUGCCCAGAGCUGUGUGGGCCUGGACACCGGAUUCACAACCAUCCACAGUGGUCCCAGUUUAUCCUCCCAACCUGUCCCAGGAGCACUGGUGGGGAUGGUGUCCAAGGGACCAGUCACCACAUUCCUCUGUCUUCUCCUUGGUGCCUUCACAAGAGGGGCCAGCACCCAGCAGGCUUUCACAGUGGAGCCAGAUAACAUCACAGUCCUGGAAGGGGCCGUGGCUAUCUUGCAGUGCGUGGUGGACAAUCCCUCAGGCGUGGUCCAGUGGGUGAAGGAUGGGUUGCUGCUAGGACCAGACACAAACAUCCCCAGCUUCCCCCGCUACAGUAUGAUGGGAGACCCCAGCAAAGGGGAGCACCACCUGCGGAUCGUGGACAGCCGGCUGGCAGACGACGGGGACUAUGAGUGCCAGGCGGGGCGCUCCAAGGAGAGCCCAGGCAUCGUGUCGCACACGGCACUGCUCAGUGUGCUGGUGCCUCCCAAGACACCUGUCUUCAAGGAGUACGAGGUCAACAGCACCGUGACCUGGGUGGCCGGCGUGGAGUACACGGUGACCUGCAGUGCCGGGGACGCCAAGCCGGCUGCGGAGAUUUCCUUCAGCAAGAGUGGCAGCCCCCUCCCCGACGUGUCACACCAGGUGCACUCCGGGUCCAGCGAGAAGCUCUCCAGCACCAUUGCCGUGCUCAGGGUCACCCCACAGAGCUUGGACAACGGGAAGCGUCUGAUCUGUGCAGCCACAAAUGAGGCCGUCUCGGCCGCUGUGGUGGCUGGCUUCACUAUGAACAUCUUGUUCCCACCUCAGCCACCCACCAUUGAAGGAUACAAACGCCCCGAAAUCAAAGCUGGAGAGACCCUGAAACUCAUCUGCAUCUCGCUGAGCGGGAACCCACUGGCCACGCUGCAAUGGCUAAAGAACGGGAAUGUGAUUUCCACCAGCUGGGAGACGGAGGAUGCCAGCAGCGCCUCCCGCAGCCUCCUGACGCUCAGCAUCAAACCCGAGGACAACGGGGCUCAGCUGCGCUGCGAAGCCAUGAACCAGGUGUCGCCCCUGCCCCUGGUGGCCAGCGUCACCCUGCGUGUGGUCUUUCUCCCCACAGAGGUUUCCAUCCUGGGCUCCAGCAGUACCCCGGAGAACAAGCAGAUCUCGCUGUCCUGCUCCACCACCCCCAGCAACCCCCCGGUGCAGCUGCGCUGGUGGCUGGGCUGGCGGGAGCUCACCACCACUGAGGUCACCGUCACCGAGGCAGCGCACGGCGGGACAGUGACCGUCUCCAACCUGACACACAUGGCCCGGCGCGAAGAGAACGGGCUGCCCCUCACCUGCGAGGCCUUCAACGAGGUUGUGCUCUUCACCCGCAGCACCAGUCUGCCCCUCAGCGUGAAGUACCCACCCCAGAAGGUUUGGAUUGAGGCCCCGCCCCCUGACAGCCGAUUCCGGGCUGGCACUAAGGACACCAAGUCCCUCAAGGAGGGGACCCAGGUGGCCUCCGGCAAGAUCGUCUCCAAAGAGCUGAUCCUGACCACUAGCCCCAGCGACAACCUGGCCAUCUACCGCUGCAACGCCUCCAACGACGGCAAGAGCCCAGCGCUCACGGCCCAGACCCGCCUCCGCAUCCAGUUUCCCCCCAUAGACGUGAAGAUCACGACCAUGGCCAAAGAGGUGCGACGUGGCCAGACACUGACCCUGACCUGCGUCACCGGCAGCAGCAACCCCUUCGCCACCCUGGCCUGGUUCAAGGACGCAGAGAAGCUGAAGGGUGUGGAUCUGGGCCAGAAGCCGGCAGAGUUCGGGGGUCUCUCCACCUCGGGGAAGGUGACCCUGGUAGUGUCAUCCUCUGACAAUGGUCAGCGGGUGACGUGCCAGGCCUACAGCUCCAUCCUGGCUGAGGCAGUCAACACCUUCUACAAGCUCAACAUCCUGUAUCCCCCCGAGUUCUCGUCGGAGCAGCCGGCUGUGGCCCAGGGUGUGGAACAUGGAGCCGUGGAGCUGCCCCUGCACGUCUCCGCCAACCCCCCCAAAUUGAACUGCAGCUGGAGCUUCCGUGGGAAGGUGCUGAGACCAGAGGGGUCCCCCCGGCACCACCUGCGAGCAGGGGGCAGCCUGGCCAUUUGGAACCUGAGUCGAGCCGACAUGGGUCAGUACCGGGCACGGUGCCAGAACCCCGAGGGGCAGAACGAGACCCACCUCCACCUGGAUGUGCACUGUGAGUUCCACCCCCCCACCCCGCUGCCCCCGACCUCAGUGCCCCCAUAA